GCGGGUGGCGCGGGGCGGGCAGGCGCGGCGGGGCGGGCAGGCAUGGCGGCGGGCAGCGUCUGGGCCGUGCUGCUGGCCGCGGCACUGGUGCUCCCCGGCGCCGUGCGGGGCGGGCAGGGCCGGCCGCGGCUCCUGGGGGCCCCGGUGGAGAUCGAGAACGCCGGCAACGACGAGGGCCUGCAGCGGGCCCUGCACUUCGCCAUGGCCGAGUACAACAAGGCCAGCAACGACAUGUACUCCAGCCGGGUGGUGCGGGUCGUCAGCGCCCAGAGGCAGAUUGUGUCGGGAAUCAAGUAUAUAAUGGAAGUCGAGAUUGGACGGACAACUUGUGCAAAGCCAGCAGCAGAUCUCCAGAGCUGUGCUUUCCACGACACACCGCAGCUGGCUAAGCACACCAUUUGCAACUUCGUAGUGUACGUUGUUCCUUGGCUAAACCAAAUUAAACUACUGGACAGUAGCUGCCAGUAAGCCUGCCUUGGUUCCAGCAGAGACCAGCAACCAGUUGCUCAGACUAAAAAAAAAAAAAAGGCAAUAACACAAAUUGAGAUGGGCUUUAUCAAUGCCUGUUAACUACUUAUGUAUGCUUGUGCUAUGCAAGUUAAACUAUGUAACUUUCCUUUAAAGCACAGUAUGAUCUCAACUUUGUUUUAAUUUGUAAUUACUUUUUAGAGCAGCUGUUUUGGUCUUCCCACAGCUUUCCCAAUAAAAACAACCCACCUUGGUAAUCCAUGUUAUGACUGCUAUAAACAUAAACUGAUUAAUA